AGAAGAACAAGCCUGUGGGACGCUGUGUUAGCUGUGCUCAUCUCCGCUUCUCUCUGCUCGGCAACAGCUACAGUAACAGCUAACACAGAGCUGUCUCUCCUCCUGAGCAGCAGCAGUGACAGCAGCAGCGGCAGUGACAGCAGCAGACAUGAGCUUCUUUGGUUUCGGUCAAAGUGCGGACAUCGACAUAGUCCUGAAUGACGCUGAAACGAGAAAGAAGGCUGAGCACAAAAGCGAAGACGGCAGGAAGGACAAAUAUUUCCUCUUCUACGACGGAGAAACAGUGUCGGGAAAAGUCAACGUGACGCUCAAAUACCCGGGAAAGAGGCUGGAGCACAACGGCAUUAAGAUCGAGUUUGUCGGACAGAUAGAGCUGUACUAUGACAGAGGGAACCACCAUGAGUUUGUGUCUCUUGUGAAAGACUUGGCUCGGCCGGGGGAGCUGACACAGUCACAGACAUUUGACUUUGAGUUCACACAUGUAGAGAAACCCUACGAGUCUUACACCGGGCAGAACGUCAAACUACGCUACUUUCUUCGGGCGACAGUGAGCCGGAGACUGAAUGAUAUCAGCAAAGAACUGGACAUUGUGGUUCACACACUCAGCACCUAUCCAGAGCUCAACUCCUCCAUCAAGAUGGAAGUGGGCAUCGAGGACUGUCUACAUAUCGAGUUCGAGUACAAUAAAUCAAAGUAUCAUCUAAAAGACGUGAUUGUGGGGAAGAUUUAUUUCCUGCUGGUGAGGAUUAAGAUUCGACAUAUGGAGAUCGAUAUCAUCAAGCGGGAGACCACAGGUACGGGACCCAACGUCUACCACGAGAACGACACCAUAGCCAAGUACGAAAUCAUGGACGGUGCCCCAGUCAGAGGAGAGUCCAUCCCCAUCAGGCUGUUUUUGGCAGGCUAUGAGAUGACACCCACCAUGAGGGACAUCAACAAGAAGUUCUCUGUGCGAUACUACCUCAACCUGGUGCUCAUUGAUGAGGAGGAAAGACGUUACUUCAAACAGCAGGAGAUCACUCUGUGGAGAAAAGGCGACAUCGUGAGGAAGAGCAUGUCUCACCAAGCGGCCAUCUCCUCCCAGCGCUUUGAAGGCUCCUACAAUCCAGACAAGACUCUGUCCCAGAGCAACGUAGAGGACGACGACAGCUAAAGCCCAGCGUGCACAUCCACCGCCUGUGUCGUGAGUGUCUGAGCGAAGGCAGCGCAGAGGCUGUCGGCAGAGUCUGAAUGCACAGAUCGGUUUGUUUGCAUUGAGAUAAAAAUGCACUGCAGUGUUUUUUGUUUUUUUCCACAACGUAUGUGAGUGAGAGCGUGAGCGAAUGAGAGGAUUUGAAAUAUGAUCGCGUGUGCGUUUUGUCGAGGGAACAAACAGUCAGACCUGGUUAAAGCCUUGAGUUACAUGUAACUGUGAGUGUUUGUUUUAACAUCCCAGAAAAACCAGCUGGGUGGAGUUUAACACCUCAAGACAGAUUAGACAGUAUCGGCUCAUUUGUCAUUUGUCAUUAUGAACUGCAAAAAUAUUUUGUUUAUAACACACAAUGUGACGCAAACUCCACCUAUUAGAUGCACUUAAAUCUCAUUUGCAAGUACUGUUGGGCCUAUACCUUUAAUUCAAUGUGUGUACGAAUGUAUAGAGCGUGUCAGAGAGCCACCUCGGGUGUUUUUCUAAACGCAAACCUUUCCCUCAGUCCCUGCUUAUUUGGCUGGACGAUUGCGCUGCAAGUUUGUAAAAAAAAACUAAAAAAUAUAUAUAAAAUGUCUGUCUCCUCAUACUAAUGAGACAUUAAUUAAUUUAAAAUAAUUUUCCUGCUAUUUCCUGUGCUGAUGAAUAGCUUCUUUUAUUUAAUUUUUUCGUUUGUUUGUUUGGUUUGCUUCAGAAAAUAUAGGAAUGCAUUUACAUAUUUGAAUAGGACAAAAAUAUUUUCAUACAUUCCAAGACUCUCAUCAGAAAUGAUCAUGGCUACAGAGUAUUUAUUUUUGAACAAAAAUAAAUCCAUUUUAAUACAGGA